UCUGCGUUUUUAACCAGUUUAGCGACUACAGAACCCAGUGUAGAACAUAGACAUUAUAGUUACUAACAUAAACCUUAGUUUGCUAAUGUUUUCUGUUGGCUAAGAUAUUCUUAGAAGUGAUAACAGAGAAUGUCACUGAGAUGGCACGUUAAGAAGAGAUAGGGCUGCCCAGUACAUAUGAAGGAUGGAUGAAAAAAAGGAGGAGCAUUCUGUUUCAGCUUACACUUCAGGAGACCCUAAAGUAACUUCAGAAGAAUUUCAAAAGAAAGAGGAAUUACCGACACUAAGACGUGAACAACUAGAUACUGUUCAUGGCGGUGUUAAAUCACAUACAAUGCUAGCAGCUUUACCAGCAUCUGCUGAGACUUUAGCACCAACUGAUCAUAUUCAUGUCCAACUCUUUGAUGGCCAGGUUAUUCAGAUCACAACUGCAUCAUUAGUCAAUUCAGAAAGUAGAAGGCAAGGAGCAAGAAGAAAAGAAGGUGAAAUAGAAGAGAGGAGAGGGGGACAGUGUGGCUCAAUUGGAAGUGAACUAUCUACAGGGAGCGCUGUAACGAUCCUUACGAGUGAUGGAAAAACGUAUAUUCUACCACAGCCUCUGAACUCUGAAGAUGGCACAGGUGGUGGAUACCUGAUUACUGAAGAAGUGCUGAAUGCUGAGGAAGUUCUACAUUCUAGUGAGAUACUUCAUGAUGAGCAAGUACUAACCAUAUCCUCCCCACAGUCAUCUUUAGAGUUCUCCUCAGUUUCAAGACCUCCGGAUGCCUUAGCCAUUGCCACCAGUGAAGUUUUUAAUGAAGAUUAUAUGACUCUUCCCUUAGAGCCACAGAGUGUGUUGACUGAUAGAGCCAAAUCCUUUCAAUUUAAAGCAGAAGGAAAUAACUCCCAGAUUUCUUCAGCAAUAAAUAAAGAAUAUAUGCAUCCAAGAAUCGAAAGUCACAGGGAAACCGAAUCCUAUUCAGACUGCAGUAUUAUAACAAUUCAUGCUCCAUGUGCCAGAGUAAAAAAUUCUUGGUUGGAAAAGAAUGUGAAAGACUAUAGUAUGCCCCCAGGUUUUGCCAAAACUGAAAUUAAUAAAGAAGGUAAUGAUGACCGAGCCUAUGCAGGUAAAAAUAAAGAGGAAAAAGAUCCGGUGGUUAUGAGCAAUAAAGAAGGAACAUCAAGGGCUUCAGAGAAUGAUGAAAAGUGUGUUGAUGAUACCGAGACAAGCAGUUACUCCUCAGUUUACUCUAAAUGGUGUGAAGUUUAUAAAGGCAUUCCAAAAGAUUAUGCACGCAGCAUUAAGAUAAAUACCUGCACUUCAGAAAAGGUAAUUGUGCAGGAAACUGAAAAAGCAAAUAAUAGGGGAGAAGUAAAUGAAAAUAAGACUAAGAGAGAAAAUAAGAACCAAGAAAAGGAUCAGGAAAAUUUACACAAAACUUCGAUAGAAUCCAAUCAGUCUCCAAACACACAAUGGGAUGAGGAUGAAGGCACCUGGGACCAAGCUACAAAUCAAGAAAAAUUGCGCCGAUCAUCUAGAAUACAAAAUACAAAGAAAAUUCCAAAUGAAGAUCAGGACAAGAAUUUAGGAGAACCAAGCAACAGAAAACGACAGAAACUCAUAAAGGGGGAUACAAGCAAUAUGCUGUGGGAGUGUGAAAGUUGUGAUGCUAUGUUCAGGACCAAGGUGAGUCGUGACCGCCACAUGCAAGAAGGACACAUGUUCACUUGUUAUAUCUGUGGCUGGAAAGGAAGAAGCAAGACCAAGUAUGAGGUUCACAUAUCAACAGUUCAUUGUAAUCAGCAGGCUCGCUGUUUGGCAUGCAGGAAAGAUUUUGCAAGCUAUGAAGCAUAUAAGCAACACAUGAAAUCUGCACACACUGAACAUAUGUCUGUUACUGUGAAGACAGAGACUGAAUGUGAACCCAGACAUGAAGAAACAGAGAGAGAGCAAGAACAUCAAGAAGAGGCAAGAUAUAAAGGGGAUGAAGAUGAUCCUGAUGAUCCAGAUUUCAAAGACUCAAAAGCUGUGCUAGGGAAAGAUGAUGGCUCUCAUGGUUACAGAGGAAAUAGAUGUACCUACUGUGGAAAAAUAUUCCUUCGUCGCAGUCGUUUUCUCAGGCAUCUAAAUUACCAUAUUGGUAACAAACCAUUCAUGUGUACUUUCUGCAACAAAUGCUUUGUAGAGAAGAGUGGACUAGAGGCUCAUCGUGUAACUCACUGCCCUAUUAAUCAACCAUGCCCUCAGUGUGGGAAAAUCUUCAAGACUCAGCGCACUAUGAGGCGUCACCUCAGGACUCAUCAAAAUAAAAUAUAUACUUGUGACUUUUGUGGCAAAGAAUUUCGGCAUGAGGAAUCUCUUAGGGUCCACAAAUCUAUUCAUAAAGAAGGAGGCAGUGGCAAUGUUUGUAAAGUGUGUGAGAAGGACUGCAAAACACCAUAUUACCUUCAGUUACACAUGAGCACCAAACAUGAAGCAGCGAAGUUUGUCUGUCUUCAGUGUAACCGAUCCUUCAAGUGGAAGCAGAGUUAUCGCAAACACAAAGCUGUCCAUCAUGAGGACACUUAUAUGAAAUUCAAGUGUCCGAUGUGUCCUCGACAUUUCUUGACACCUUCAGAACUAAAGCUCCACCAAGUGGUUCACACUAAUGAAAGGAAGUACUUGUGCGACGUAUGUGGAAAUGCAUUCAAGCAUGAAUACACUCGUGAUAAACAUAUCAAGACAGUUCACCAGGAGGACAGAGAACACAUGUGUCCACAGUGUGGUGCACUCUUCAAGGCCAAGGCAUACCUGGACCAGCACCUGGCCCAUGUGCACACCACCAAGGAGAGAGUCAAAUGCAUGCACUGUGGACAUGACUUCAAGACGGAGUCCAAUUUACGAAGUCACAUCAAAGUUGUACACAAGCUCCGCAGUCCUAAAUACACUUGCAAGACCUGCAGUAAAAUGUUCUUGGCACCUAAAGAUCUUGCCAGGCACUCAAAGGUUCAUACAGGAGUCAAAGAUUAUUCGUGUCCCAAGUGUUGCCGCUGCUUCUCGCGGAAGGACAAUAUGGCAGCCCAUCUGCGUACACACACCACAGAUCAGCCUGUGACAACAUUUAAGCACAAAACUGACUUGGCAACAUCUGGUGUUUCCCAACAAACACCUCAAGGCAUUUCCCAUAUACUUGGCCUUCCAUCAGUUGUUUCUUCCUCAAGCAACAUAUCUCUGCCAAAUAUACCUGUUUCUUCUAAAAGCACAGUUCUUUCAAAUAUUCCUGUUUCCUCUACAGAUAUUGAUAUUUCUAACAUAACUCCUUCCAGUAGUAUUGUGAUACCCAGCAUGCCUGCCUUGGCAAACCCCAUCACUAAUGUAUCUACAACCUCAAACAUUACUACAAUAUCUGAUUCUGCAAUAUCAUCUAACAGUCUUGCAUUGCCUAAUAUAUCAAUAUCAUCCACAAAUGUUCUGUCUAAUAUUGUAUCUUCUGCAGACAGUAUUAUUUUAUCCAGUGUCCCAAUCUCAUCAACAGGCAUGUCUAAUGCAUCCGUUGCCUCCACUGCUGUAGUUUUCUCGGGUAUCCCAACACCCUGCAGCCUUGAUUUCUCCAAUACACAUUCUUCUUCCAACAAUAUGGCUCUUUGCCAUUCGCAUACCAAUUCCAGCAAUGCCAGUAUAUCACUUGGAAAUACAUCGCCUUCUACUGAAACAGUUUUGUCUAGCUCUCCAACGUCUUCCAACAAUGUGAUUGUCAACACAACCCCGGCUUUGUCCUCUGGCAGUCGGGCUGGUCGACAGGUGUAUGGUCUUCACUCUCAUGUCAUUGCUUCAUCACAGCAUCAGGCAUCCAAAAUUUCUUCUGUGCUCCCUUCAUCCUCUGUGCCCUCAUCAGUUCUUUCUCUGUCUCCUCAUCCAUCAUCUUCAGCAUCAAUUUUAAUGUCACAGGCAAGCCGAACGCAGGUGGUAUGCACGUCAUUUCAGCCAGAGCAAGUUGUUCUUACUACUGGAGUACUGAAUCCAGUGCCUAUUGUUUCUACACAUCACACUGAUAAUUCUCCUCAGUAUACUCAGCUUGAUUCACUGGGGUCAUCGAUAUCAUCAAGCACAAGUACAAACAUUAGCACAGCUUUGAAUUCACUAGGUUCCUCCAUAGCACAAGGCUCAGCAGAGAGCAUCAAUGAAACAAUAGGGGCUAGUGCUCGUAUGUCAUUGGAUGGGAGUCACCAUAAUUCCAGCACUGGGGUCUCAAGCUCAGUUCUCUCAAGUCCCUCCACGCUUCUCUCAGAUUCAACUCUAAUUAUUCCAGAAAAGUCUGGUGUCUACACCAUUGUGAGUGAAGGUGGAAAAAUGACUCCUCUGGAAACCUUUACUCUUCAUCCAGUUGCUGAUCCACAAGCCUCGGCUCAGGAGCACCCUCAACCCGAGGCAGCUGAUCCACAAGCCUUGGCUCAGGAGCACCCUCAACCCGAGGCAGCUGAUCCACAAGCCUUGGCUCAGGAGCACCCUCAACCCGAGGCAGCUGAUCCACAAGCCUCGGCUCAGGAGCACCCUCAACUCAAGGCAGCUGCUUCACAGUCUGAUCAUAAUGGCUAAGACUACAGUACCUGUAUUAUAUUGUUUUAAAGUAUGGAAAACUAAUUCUUGCGAAUAACAAUCCAUUAGUAAACCUAUUACACCAGUAUAUACACUUAUAAUCACAUUUUGCUAACAGUGAUUAGUUUUUGUUUGCUUUUUUACACACUAUGCCUCCUUGUCGUCUGUGCAAGCCCCAAAUUCCAGUCAUUGUAGCCAGAUAAAUAACAGCUGAUAUUUGAAUGUGGCAAAUACCUUGGUUUAUGAAAACUGCCACAAAAAAGUACAUUUUCAUACUUUAAAAUGUUGCAGUCUGUAUUCUGGGUCAUGAACCACUCUUGGUAUCAUACUACCAGUAUCUAACAUUAUGGAAGAGGCAACUGAAGACCCUAAGAAUGCAGUGUAAACUUCUAAGGGAGGUGGUACUGAGACAAAAAAAAUCCUCAACUUGUGUUUUAGGUAAUUUUCUAAAACUGAAUUGCUUGAAAGGCUCAUGUAAAUUCUAGUAGAGGAUAUCUUAUUACAGGCCUUGGGCAAAGCUCUGAAAGACCACAAAUUCAAAUAAUGUUCCAGAUAACCAGGCUGUGAUACAUCUGUGGGUUGGCAGACUACCAGGAGCAACAGCCUUGUCGACCAGACGAACACAAGACAAAUUUGGCCUAUAGCCGGGCUGUGGGAAUUGAAAAACUCUCAGAAAUCAUCAAAGGUAUAUCUCCAUAUUACAGUGAGAUUGUUCAGUAUUAAAUUGCAAAUCAGGACAAGCUGAAGUUCAAGGUCAGCAUGUCUGGCAGUGUAGACAACAAAGAUAUGCAGGUGUUCCAGAGAAAGUCAGCAGAAGAAAAAAUUAGCAAAAAAGGGAUUUAUGGUACAUAUUUACUGGUGUAAUAAGUUACCAAUAGAUCAGUAUUUAAAGAGUGGUCCAUGGAACAUGUACACACAAUACCUUGUUAAUAAGACAUUAUGCAAUUUCUGGGAUUUUCUCAAGAAGAAUUUUCAUCCACCAAAGACUUUGUAGUCCCUAGUGGAUGAAACAUCUUAAUAAAAUGCCAUGAAUUUCAUAGUCUUUUUAAUAUAUUUGUAGGUACAUAUAUUAUACUAGUGAUACACACAGAAUACCUUAUUCAAUACACUGGUAACCAAGUUUCUACAAUAUCAGUGAUAUUCCUGAUAUUUCAAACUUUCAUUUGAAAUUCAGGCUAUACUUAUAUGAUGUAGAUGUGUAAAUACUGUACAAAACAGAACCAGAAUAAAUUAACUGAAAAUAUAAUACUUUAAU